AUGUCAGCAACGACAGGCUCUGGCCUCGUGCUUCCUCCUGGAUAUUCACCUCCGUUCUACGAAGUCACCGACACAGACCAUACCGCAUGGAUUAUAAUCGCCACGGCGCUGUGCCUGUGCUGGCUUUUACUCUUCGCGGCCAUCAGAGUAUUCAUCCGGUGUACCAUCACUCCAGGAUAUGGCCUGGACGAUGUGUCAGUCGGCAUCGCAACAGUUCUGGCUGUUAUCCAGUCUUCGUUAGUACUAGGAGCCUGCUCUGAUGGACUUGGGAGAUCCGUUGAGCUCAUCUCACCCGAGAUGCUGGUGGAAGUCCAAAAGUCAUAUUAUACUAGCAACAUAUUUUUCACCCUAGCUCUCGGCCUGUCCAAGAUGUCUGUUGUCUUCUUCCUCAAUCGAUUGACAGUGGUCAAAACACAAAAGAUGGUCUUCCACGCCUUGACGGCCUUCAUAGCGACAUGGACAGUGGGGUCGACGUUCGCCGUUGCGCUGCAGUGCGAUCUCCCACAUCCGUGGAUCAUUGUCGAUGAGAAGUGCCCCGGAGCCUUUUUGCGUUGGAAAGUCAUUGGCGCCCUGGACAUCAUCUCUGAGCUGGCGAUCGUCCUCAUGGCAAUCUACCUCGUCUGGGGCCUGUUCACCACCUUUUCAAAGAAAGCCAUCGUAGUGGGCGCAUUUGCGUUCCGUCUCGGCAACAUCAUCGCCAUCUGCUUCCGGCUCGCGAACUUCGACAAACCGGAGCGCGUCUCGAACCCCACGCUCGCCGAAGCCAUCUUCAUCGUCUGGACGCAGACGGAGCUCUGCUACUCCCUCAUCUCAGCCACGAUCCCGAGCCUCCGCCCCUUCGUGACCAACCUCAACACGCAGUUCGGCGGCAUGGGCGCCGCGGACAGUUCAAGCGGGUAUGCGUCGCACGGUGACCGCGGGGGAACCAAAUACACCACCAAAAACACAUUCAAGCUCUCUAAGUUGCGAUCCGCAAACCGGUCUGCAACCACGUCGGCAAACAGGGGCGACACGUACACGGAUUUUGCCACGCGACAGGCUCCCGCGUCGGGCCUGGACGGGCGGUCCGACUUGUACAGCUACGGCGUGUGGACUGCGCCGACGACGGCAAUCGACGGUAGUGGGCAUAAGGUCGGGAAGAGGAAUAAUAUCUCGGCGCUGAAUGAUGAGAAUCCAAAGGCCGAUGCCACCAGCGUGGGGAGCAACGAUAGCCAGAGGAUGAUCAUCAGGAAGGACGUGACAUAUGAGGUUCACGGCGUAUGA